AGUAGAGCUGCGUACAGCGAGCUGACAGCACGGCAAUGCGGACGAAGAAGGGCAAAAGCGAGGGGAAUAGUCCGGUUUAUAACAGCCCAGCGGGCCGGGGCUUCAUAAGGCAAAAUUAAGCAGGGACUUCGCCUUCGAAACCUUCGAGUAAAGGGUCUUAGGUGGUUUGGAAGCAGCUCCGGAGUGGAUGUUUCCUGACAAAAUCCUGAACCACAUCCGUGUUCCUGGCCCCGGACGUAUGGAAUUGUCUGCUCUAAGAAUGACCGCGUGAAUAUUUUUAUCUGUCUUGUAUCCUUUUUUUUUUUUUUGCCAGCGCCGCUUCCCAUUUUUACAGACUCGCUAUGGUGGACUCUCCUACCAUGAGGAAGACUUUUGUUGUCCCAGACAUAAAGCCAUUGGAUUUGUAUGACUGCACUAAAUCAAAAAUAUGCGCAAGUGUUGGAUGGCUGUUGGCAAAGUCCUAUGGCAGCACAGAAAAUGUCCCUGCAGAGCUGCGACCCUUCUACUGUGACCAGUAUGAACAGGAGCACCUUAAACCCCCAGUAACACCUCUGCAGUCCUCAGAGCUCUACUGUCGCACCUACAGUAUAUUACAGGGUGGUACUGCAACUGAAGCACACAAAGACAAUGUCACCCUGCUGCAGCUUCUAACUCGGAGAGAUGUCGCCAAAGAUCAGGACACAGCAGUGACUGAUGAUGACCUCCGACAUAAACCCAUCAAAAUGAGCGCUCAUCUGGCAGUGAUAGAUGCCUUGAUGGCAGUGGGAGCUAUGGAGACAGUGACUGCGGUGAAGACAUGUGGUUCUGCUGAGCUCCUGGGAAAAGCAGCUAGCUGGGAAGAUGCUCUGCUUCAUUGGGUUAAUGAGUUGAACCGGAAGCUGAGAGAACGUACUGAAGGAGCCCAGAAUGACUCGUCUGAGAUCAUUACAGAGCCCCAACCUGUUCAACCAUCAUGUCCUACUCGCUGGUACUGGAAACUUGUUCCUCUCCGCUACAGGAAGGAUAAAAUUCAGUCCAAACUAAAACCCACCUUUCCAGUAGUGAAUGAAGUUAAGACCUGUCCAGUGGAUGUGCUGUUAGCUGCUGUCAUACAUUACUAUUGCCCUGGCCUGCUGAGACUUGAAGAUGUUUGCAUGAAGGAUUCCAUGUGUGUAGCAGACAGCCUGUACAACCUGCAGUUCAUCCGUGAGUUUUGUGACAGCUGUCUAAAGAGCUGCUGUCACUUGGCACUAGAGGACAUGCUGUACACACCACAGGAACUUCAGAUUAACUUGCUGAGCUUCCUGUCAGAACUGCUUAGCUGGUUUGAAGUACAAAGACCAGAAUUUGUUCAGCCAAUAGAUACAUUGAAUGAAUCUACACCAGUUACACCAAGCAGUUUGAGUGAUAACAGUACCUCGCCCUCUAUAUUCAAGAAGCCUUUCCUCCCCAUUUCCUCUCCUGCAUCAGGUAGCUUGACUCAGUCUACCUCAAUGUCUCAUAUAGAAGGAGCUGGAAAGACAUGGAGCAAGAAACCUUUGAGUCGACCUUUGUCAGCAGUAUCAUUCAGCAUUCCUUUUGGGCUGGACAGCGACGUAGACAUUGUGAUGGGCAACCCUGUUAUAACCCGCUCUGUGAGCUCAGAUCAGCUGAACCCAGCUGGCCAAACUAUGGCAAGGGUACCCUAUACCCCUCCUGAAGACCUAAGUCAUUUGCUUAGCAAGUCCCCUGGACCUAACGGUCCACAGAGAGCAUCUUGGGCCACCCAGACUCCCACUAUUCCUAGGUUGGCAGAGGAAAAUGGCCUUGGGACAAGUGAAACAGGAGAGCUGCCCACAAUUGAAGAGGCUCUUCAAAUUAUUCACAAUGAAAGCAAAAUGGAGCCUCGUUUACACCCUGAUGGGGCUCCUGAUGGCUUCUACCUCCACUCUCCUGAUGAUCCUGCUAGUUCUCGAUAUAACAGCAACUUAGCACCUAUCAGCUGCUCUGCACCAACACGCUCAGGAAUGAUGUACCGGCCAACAGGAGAGUCCAGUGAACCCAUACGCACCAGAAACACCUCUGAAUGCUCACGCGAUGAUGACUCAGUUUUGAGAGAUGGCAGUGUGGAUUCAGAUGCAUCAGAAGACCUGCCUAAAGCCCAUUCCACUCCAUCAACACCUGCUGCUGCUGCUGCUGUUAGAGGUGGUAAGGAGGGGCCUGACAGUGGUGUGAAGAUGACCAGCUUUGCAGAACGGAAAAAGAGGCAGAUUACUGAUUCUCCAAAAUCUAGUGAUCUAUCUUCUCCUCAGAUGACCACAUGGGCACAGAAGUCUGAAGAAAGCCCCAUCAAAAGCCCACAGCUGAAUAAUGAGAUGUCUGAGUUGGGGGUUCGUCUUGAAGAAAAGCGCAAAGCUAUUGAAGCUCAGAAAAAACGCAUUGAAGCAAUUUUUGCAAAGCACAGGCAGAGACUAGGGAAGAGUGCCUUUUUGCAGUUAAAGAAAGAGCAUCGUGAGGAUGAAGGUGAGGGGAAUGGAGAGGAUGGGCAGGUGAGUACCUCAUCCACUGAAGAAGACCUCUCUCGCUUGACACUGGAAGAACGGCUAGCUCGAAUUGAAAUGGAAGAUCAACAGGAACUAGAUCACCCCUCAGUGGAAGAUGAGGGUACUGUUAAAAGAGGACUUGGACUCAACAAGCAGGUCAUUCAGUCCAAAGAAAAGGCAGGUACACCUGGGGAGAAGUACCAUGGAACACCUGCUGAGAAAAUGGUAGCUCCUUUAGGGGACUAUAACAAUGCAGUGUCCAAGCUAACUGCAGCUCUUAGCUCCCUGCAAAGUGACAUGCAGAGGCUAACUGAGCAGCAGAAUCAGUUAAUGAAGAAUAAAUCUUCAUCUUCCAAUAAGAAAUCUUGGGUUAUUCCAGCCAGCCCUAAAACCUCCACUUCAGCCCCUCCACCUGCACGCCUGUCACGAGAAACCACUCGAGAUUUAAAUUCUGCCUCUUCCUCUCCGUCUCCAUCCCGCAAAAUGGCAAACCACACCAAUCCUCCAAAAUCUCCUCAUGUCCAUCGAAGAGCCCAGUCUGUACCUCCUAAAAGCCCAAAACACAGUCGUCCCUCAGAUGCCAAGGUCCCCAUCUUGUCGAGGGUUCUCACCCCACCUCAAAAUGUAGACCGCAUCCCCCAUCUACGUCGUGUAAAUCCCUGGCAAUCUCAAGUACAGACGUCAUCCUCAUUCUCCAUUGGUGACUCUGGUAGUCUAGAUGAGCUGCGCUCAUCGGGACCAACUCCUGUGCCAACACCUACGCUUACCCCAAUACCAACUCCUACCCCAACUCCAGGUCCUGCUGCAGAGGAUGCCCUGUCAGAAGUAGGGUCCAAUGAUGGACAAAGUAUAUUUAGCAUGGAUCUUGUGGUGGGGUCCUCACAUAGCCCUCUGACUAAGAAGGAAGGGUUUCUAGGGGGAGGCUAUAGCUCUGGUGCCCCAUCUGAAUGCUCCUUUGAGAGUGAUGUCCCUGCAGGGAUGCUGAAUGGCAAACGCAGCAGCCUGAUAGAGAUCUCACUGUCUGCCUUGGGAGGAGGUGGUGAGGAGGACGAUGACCAAUUGCCUGAUGCGUUCUCUGACUCAAGUGACCGGACAGAGGCAGAGAAUAAAGCAGGUCUUGGUUUCUUUUUCAAGGAUGACAAGGAUCGACCGGAGGAUGAGAUGGCACAGCGAAGAGCAGCUUUGCUUGAGAAACAGCAAAAGAGAACAGAAGAGAUGAAAAGACGCAAACUUGAGCAAGAAAAAGAAAAGGAAUUAAACAAGCCCCAGUGGAUGAUCAUUGAAGGCUGGGGCAAUAAAAGUGAGGACAGACCGCAAACCCCAGGCACCCCUCCAUCUUCACAAACUCCACCAGCAGACGGGACUCCUCAGCGCAGAGGAGACUUCACUAAACAAGAGUAUGAGAGGAGGCAACAGCUGAAGAUCAUGGAAGAUUUGGACAAGGUGCUAAGACAGAAACCCACUACAGUGCGUGGCGUCAAGAAACAGAGACCCAAGACUAUGUUCAGAGAUGACUCUGUCCUCUCUCAGAGCCCUGUCAAAGGUUUCAUGGGCACUAAACUCAACAAGGUAUACUCCCACUCAUCUGUGAACCUGUCCUCCAUGGCUAAUGACUCUGGAGGCAUGACUGUCAGGAAGUCUCCCAGCCGUUCACACUCUCCUGCCCGGUCACGGGGAAGGUCACCAGGACGAAUUGGUCCACAAAAUGGAGAGAAGGACUGGGAGACUGGCUCUACUAUUUCCUCCCCAGCCUCAAUCCCAGAAUACACAGGACCAAAGCUGUACAAAGAGCCUAGCUUUAAGUCCAACAAGUUCAUCAUUCACAAUGCUAUCACUCGCUGCUGCCUGGCUGGGAAGGUCAAUGAACCACAGAAAAACAAGAUUGUUGAGGAAAUGGAGAAGAGCGCAGCCAAUCACUUUCUUAUCCUGUUCAGAGAUUCCAGCUGCCAGUUCAGGGCCGUUUACACCAUGAACCCUGAAACCGAUGAGAUGGUGCGGCUAACUGGCAUUGGCCCCCGCGUCAUCACUCUUGAUAUGGUAGAGUCCAUUUACAAGUACAGCUCAGACCGCAAGCAGUUCACUGUCAUCCCGUCCAAAACCAUGUCCAUGAGUGUUGACGCCUUCACCAUCCCUGGCUGCUUUUGGCAAAAGCGACCAGGAACACCCAAAAAGCUUGGCACUCCCAAAUAAAGACUUACCCAAGACAGACAGAUGUGCUUUUCAGGGAAUCCACUCCCAACUCGACUUCUUAUUUUCCUUAAUUUUGGCCAGUGUGGCAGUUGACAUUGUUUGUUAUUCAGGUAGAAUAACAGAAAACAACAUGACUGACUUUGGACAGCUAUCCGCCUGGACCCUGAGGAUAAUCCAGUCAACACUACAUGCCAAGAGAAUGGGCCAAUCACCUACUCACUCAGCCAAUGCGCUUAGAAUAGUUUAUCUCUGGCUUUACCUGAUCUACCUAGAUUGUAACAUAAUGCAACUGAUUCUAUCAGGAUGACAACUUUUCUUUCCCUUGCCUCCUCAUGCCUUGCCUUGCCCUGCCAUGCCUGAGUCAUUUUUGCGACUCUUAGGUGAGAAAAAGAGGGGACAACCACACUGCCUUUGCCCGCAAAACAGUACUUAGGGCACAAAUAGUUCCCAUCCUUCUCAGUUCUGCUUGCAUUUGCCUUUUCUACUUCUAGGGCUCACUCUCUUUCCACUCUGCUGAGAUAAGUGUCUAAGGCCUCAGUUUUGAUAGGAGAUCUCAGCUGAAAAUGAAUAGCAGGUAACAUUGUUCCCAAUGAAUGUAGGGCACACACUUACCACUCAUUCCAUUCAGGGGUGUUUUUGCUGUUUGAAUAUACCAUAGUGGGUGGUCCCUCUGGGAUGCACUACUGUCAUUGUCAGUGGACUUCCACACCUAGGAAAUGCUUGUGCCACAUAGUUUGUGAACUCCACUGAAACUCUACUUCAGCUGUAAACAUCUGGAUGUCUUUUUUUUUUUCUUUUUAUACCAUUGCCAUGUUUUUGCUGGACAAAAUGAUUCAUUCUGAGAGCUAAAAGAAAAAUGAAAUUCAUGUGACUUUUUCCCCUCGUAACUCGUGUUUUCAUUUUCAACAUGUGAUGAAUUGAAAUGUUGUCUGAGCUUAUCUUGAAAAAUAAACCUGGAAACAUGAAGGAGGGCUUUAUCGUGUUUAUCUUGGAUACAGCUCUUUGUGAGAAUGAUAAUCGAUGAUUUAAUAUAUACUGAAUGCUGAAUUUUUUUUUUUUUUUUUUUGACAAUGAUUUGUAAAAAGUUAACCUUUGUAAGCUAUGAAUAAGCUAGCCUGCUGCAAAGCAUAAGUAAGAUGUAUGUUUGAAUUGAGAAUGAGUGAAUGACAAUGAAUAGAAACUGAAACUGUUUGUCUUGGGAUUAAUAAAUCCUUUAGGUCACCAUGAGUCUGUUUCCUAUUAUAUUAUUCCCUGUUUGUGUCUUGGCAUAUAAACAGUUUUUUUGAUGAAGGAUCAUUCCAGACUGUAACAGGCCUCAUGUACCCCACAGUCUAGAGACUCCUUCAUGUGUAACUGGAGGAAUGUAAAAUGCCAAACUUCAUUUUUUUGCUCCUUUCCACACUAUUAAGACUUUGGAAUUGCUUGCGAUGAGGUCGAUAUCACUACAAAACCUGUGGGGAAUUUUUGCUUAGCUGUCUCUGCAACAGCUGUUGUGGUUCGGCUGUCAUUUUUGAGAUCACUGCCUCCAAGAAAUGUGUGUGGGCUUGUUUUGUUUUUGCUUUUUUAAAAUUAGAUUCCAUUAUGGAUGUAAAACAAUGUUAAACAGUGGUGAGGAAAAAAUGGUAACAUGAUUAAAAGUGUGUGUGUGGAGGAGUGCAAAUGCAGAUUUUUGUAUUUAUGCGUUAAGACUAGUACGUGGUAGUUUUUUUUUUUUUUUUUUUUUCCCUCUUCUGUUUUUGAUUCAGUGCAAUUCUCCCCUAGAAAUCCCUUUUAUCAUUGAGGUGUAUUUAUUUGCUUUAAGUUAGUUGGUGCAUUUGAUGUUUAGUUUCAGGUUCUACCUUUUUAUUUUUUUUUUAGGUUUAGAUUAUAAGUCAUGUAUUCAUUUCAUAGAAGUUGUCAUAACAUUGGUUUUCUUUCUCUUAUGUUUUCAGAUCUGUGCCAGCACACUAUCUAUGUUCAUUUCAUAAAGUGACUAUCCUUGGCAACUUGACCAGAUGAAUAAAAUCCAUUUUAAAUCA